AACGUCGUUCUGUAUUAACUUCUUCCCAAUUUCAAAAUGGUGUCGCAGAGGGCGGGACAGAAGAGAAAGGUGGUCGAGGUUCCUCGGCCUGACCCAGAGGAAGAGGAAGAUGUGCUGGAAAAUGGAGACAUUGACGACGCCUUUGAAGAGGAGGGCGAGAGCGAAGACGAUAUCAGCGAAGAGGACGACGAUGAGGAUGACUUUGAUGGAAUAGCGUCGCAAGACGAAGGAGAGGAGCUCGAUAGUGACGAGAUUCCGUCGUCGGACGAGGAGGCCGCGAAACCUGUGAAUGGGAAAUCUGGGAAACGAGCGACCACUCCACCUCAUCAACUCAUGGGAAGCGAGACGGCCGUCGAAGUUGCUACCUUGUCCCCGGAAACGCCAGUCAGACGCUUGGAGUAUGGACUGGAAAAGCCAGAAAUAAAUGUCAGCUACAGAAUCGCCGAAGACGCCAAUGGCAAUCCCCGCUACAUCUACAACGAGAUUGAGCCGAAUUACGACUCCGACGAUUCGGCGCCCGAGACUACCAACACCAUUGGGAAUAUCCCCCUCUCGUACUACGACGAGUUCCCACACAUCGGAUACGACAUCAAUGGCCGGCGAAUCGCUCGUCCCGCCAAGGGCGAAGCAUUGGACUCGCUGCUUGACAGCAUUGACAUUCCCGAAGGCUGGACGGGUCUUACCGAUCCCAGCACCGGCAAGCCAUUACAACUCAGCAGUGAAGAACUCGAGGUGUUGAAGAAGUUGACGCGCAACGAAGCACCGGGAGAUGGCUAUGAUCCGUACCCUGAUAUGGUGGAAUACUUUACCGGCAAAGGGAUGGAGAUGACCAUGCCUCUCUCCGCCGCCCCAGAGCCUAAGCGUCGCUUCGUCCCUUCCAUGCAUGAGCACAAGCGCGUGAUGAAGAUGGUCAAGGCCAUCAAAGAAGGCAGGAUAAAGCCGUUCCGUGAGCGGACUGAAGAAGAUCGGGAGCGGGAAGAGCAACAGCAAGAAUACGCUUCUUACGACAUCUGGUCGAACGAGGUGCCGAGGCCAGACCAUGUCAUGAACAUUCCCGCACCCAAACUUCCACCGCCGGGCUACGAAGAGAGCUACCAUCCUCCUCCGGAAUACCUUCCCGACAAGCGUGAACGCGAAGAGUGGGAAAAGCAGGAUGAGGAAGACCGUGAUACCGCUUUCUUGCCAGAGGAUCACUCCGCUCUACGAAAAGUGCCCGGGUACGCCAAGUUUGUCAUGGAGAAGUUUGAGCGCUGCCUCGACUUGUACCUUGCGCCGCGCGUGAGGAGGAGCAAAUUGAACAUCGAUCCAGAAAGUUUACUACCCAAGCUGCCGGAUCCAAACGAAUUGAGACCAUUCCCCAGCUUUUGUGCGGCCAUCUAUCGAGGACAUGAAGGACGAGUUCGAAGUGUGGCCAUCGAUCCGGAAGGACGAUACGCUGCUUCUGGAGGCGAUGACGGGACGGUCAGAGUAUGGGAGUUGCUGACUGGAAGACAACUAUGGAGGAUACGCCUAGCUUCGGACGAGGCCGUAAACGUUGUGAGCUGGCGCCCUGGUCACGACGCAUGCAUCUUGGCCGCUUGCUGCGGCGAGACCGUAUACUUCAUCCUCCCUCAAGGCGAGCUGAGCAACCCCGAGCUGGAGUCGCAAAGUCGGGAAGUACUUGACGCAGGCUUCGGACACGCAGCUUCGAACCCCUCCAAGACGGCUGAUGGUAAAGACAAGACACCAUCAGCAGCCUGGAGCCGUCCUCCGACAUCCCAACAAGACAGAGGUAUCCUCCUCACCCUCACCCUCCGAAGCACCGCAAAAACCCUAGUGUGGCACCGCCGCGGCGACUACUUUUCCACCGUGUGCCCUGGGACAUCCACCCACACCUCCACCGCCAUCGCCAUCCACACUCUCUCCAAACACCAAACACAGCACCCCUUCAAGAAGCUCAAGGGCCUCGCACAAAGCGUCUCCUUCCACCCCACCAAGCCCCACUUCUUCGUCGCCACGCGCCAACGCAUCCGCAUCUACGAUCUGCAACAGCAGAAACUGGAAAAGGAACUGCAGCCCGGCGCGCGCUGGAUUUCGUCCCUGUCGCUGCACCCGCUCGGCUCCAAUUUGCUGGUGUCAUCGUACGACAAGCGCCUCCUGUGGCACGAUCUCGAUCUCGGCUCCACGCCGUACAAGACGCUACGCUACCAUUCCAAGGCUAUCCGCGCUGUCAAGUUCCAUCCUACGCUGCCGCUAUUUGCGGAUAGUAGUGAUGAUGGCACUGUGCAGGUGUUCCAUGGCAAGGUGGUGGGCGAUGGGUUGGAGAAUGCGACUGUUGUCCCGCUGAAGGUGUUGAAGGGACACAAGGUGAGGGGCGAAUUGGGCGUGUUGGACGUCGAGUGGCAUCCUAGGGAAGCGUGGUGUGUGAGCGCCGGCGCAGACGGGACGAUUCGCUUGUGGAUGUGAGGGGGGUGCGUGAGUCGUCGUACAGGGUAACAGUAAGGCUACUCUAUCGUAGUAUAACACAAAUCGAAUCGGGAAUAUCUGGACCGCACCGUCACCGCGCUUCCACCCCCU